CCACGUUGUCAGCGUCUGUAUGCUCUGCAAGCAACAAGCAACAAACAUAGGAUACCGGUACUCACUGUUCGUCAAUCUCCUUAGCCAAUAUCUCCACAACCAUGCCAUUCACUCUCGAUGCUGAAGUUGGCUCGGCCCUCGCCAAACUCAUGGGCGGGCAAGAGCCGCCCAAGAUCCCCGCCGGCGACGUCAACGGCCGCCGCCAGCUUCUCGACGGCCUCUUCGCCGCUCUCAUCAGCCUACACACCCCCGUCGCAGACGUGGAGACGAAAGACUUCCACGCGCAGGCCGAGGACGGCCACUCCAUCCUGUGCCGCUGGUACACCAAAACGGGCAGCACGCCGUCCGGCUCCGCCAUCGUCUACGCCCACGGCGGCGGCUACAUUGCCCUGACGGUCGAGCAGUACGACCAGGUGGUGAAGCGGUACGUCUCCACCACCGGCGUGCCCUUCCUGAUGGUCGACUACCGGCUCUCGCCCGAGGUGCAGGCCCCCGUGCACGUGUCCGACGUCUACGCCGGCUUGAAAUGGCUCGUGGCGCACGCGGCGGAGCUGGGCGUCGAUGCGCGCCGCAUAGGCAUCAUGGGCGACAGUGCCGGCGGCGGCAUCACGGCGAGCUUGGCGCAUUACAUCAAACUCAAGGGCGGGCCGGCGGUGGCGAAGCAGAUUCUCAUCUACCCCAUGCUGGACGACAGGAAUGUGCAGGUCGACGAGAAUCUCGCGCCGUAUGCGACGUGGUCGACGGACGACAAUAUCACGGGCUGGAAGGCGGUGUUGGGCGAGAAGCAGGGCAAGGACGGCGUGGAUCCGAUCGAGGCCGCCGGACGAAUGACUGUCAAUGAUGCCAAGAACCUGCCCCCAACAUACAUGGACGUGGGCGAGUUGGAUCUGUUCCGCGACGAGGACCUGCAAUACGCCGCCACGCUCGGCAAGGCUGGAGUGCCGUGCGAGUUCCACAUGUUCCCCGGCGUCCCGCACGCAUUUGAAGGCUUCGCGCCCGAGGCGGCCGUCUCGAAGGCGGUGAUGGAGGGGCGCUUCCGCGCGAUUCGGAGCCUGUAAAGCAGCCUUGCCCGGUGUCCAUAGUGCAGCGCAUGGCAAGGCGGACUGGAAAAGUCGAGUAGAUUUGGGGUAGAACUGCUUCAAUACGAUCGUGGAUACUA